UGAAACUCUAAAUAAGCUGAGCGCUAUUGUGGACACCACAUGGAACGUGAUGAGUGACGAGCUGUCACAUCACAAGGAUCAGGGUGACCCUCAUCUUCAUAAUCCGACCAUUAGCCCCGUCGAGUUCACCAACGAAAAGCGUUCCUUCUAUCUGACUCGUGAGACGUCCAGCAAAUAUGUCUCUUCUACGGCGAUGCCAUCCCAUCUGUCCAAUUCGACUUCUCGAAGCCCAGAGUGUCGCAUCGCAGGACUCGGAGAAGGCCUUAGCAUUCUCGCUGGCCGUCACGGCCAACGCUUAGUCUCCAUGGUCAAAUUCACAGACUGGAAGUGUCUGAUUCGCGGCAGCUUCCACGCUGCUGUCCACCCGUAUAGUGCGCUCAGCCCGUCAAAGACUUGGUCGCUCAAUCAUGCACUGGCCUAUUUCCUCUCCCUUCUUGCUAUCGUUCUAUCAACGAAAAGUCCUUGGGCCAUUGCUUUCAUCAUCACGAUCGAUUCAGACGACUCAAUCGACAUCGAUCAUCCGACCCUCGUCCUCCGAGCCUGCUAUCCAACACGGACGGAUGACUGACGCCCCUCUGUCAAAAAAACUGCGGCUUCGACACAGUGCGGCCUUUGUUCGUGAAGCUGGCCAACUGCCAGAGCCUCCGAAAGAUGAUGCGUCAAGCAUUGAAGUGUCGCUCAAGAGGUGGAUGAGAAUUCAACGACAUUCCA